AAUGUUCACAAGCCGCCCCCUGCGUGUCUGCUCCAAAGCCCUCGUACAGCGCCACUCAAUCAUUUGAGCGGACUGUAGUCUAUAUCUGUGAUUUCUCAACUUACGGCGCAUACGAAACAUUAAUAUGUCUUACACUGCUGCACGAAGGGUCGCUUUUCGCGGAGUACCCGCCUCGCUCCUCCAGCGCCUACCUCUCUCCAACCAAGCAAGGCGCAGCUUACUUUCGACGCUUGCGAUAUUGGAGCAACGCGAGGGUCAGCUCAAUCAUGGCUCUCUGAGUUCCAUUACGGCAGCGAAGAAACUGGGAGGCACAGUGCACGGCUUCGUUGCUGGAGGAAACAUCCAGGCUGUUGCGCAGGAGGCAGCCAAGGUGGAUGGCGUUGAGAAGAUCAUUGCUGUGGACAAUGCACUUUAUGACAAGGGUCUUCCCGAGAACUUCGCUCCCCUGCUGGUUGAGAACAUCAAGCAAGGCGGGUAUACGCACGUCAUCGCAAGCCACACGGCUUUUGGCAAGAAUAUCAUGCCACGUGUAGCUGCGCUCCUCGAUUUGCAGCAGGUGUCGGAUAUCGUUGCGAUCGAGAGUGAAGAUGUAUUUGUACGGCCCAUUUAUGCCGGCAACGCAAUUGCUACGGUUCAGUCCUCGGAUAAGGUCAAGGUUGUCACUAUUCGAGGCACGGCUUUUCCUGCUGCUGAAGAGACGGGCGGCUCAGCGUCUGUCGAGGCCGGUGUGGACCCCAAGGCACCCUCUACGACUGAGUGGGUUUCCGAAGAGUUGACCAAGUCGGAUCGCCCUGAUCUUGCCACUGCUGGCAAGGUUGUUUCUGGUGGGCGUGGUCUUAAGUCCAAGGAGGAGUUUGACAAGGUCAUGCUUCCACUCGCGGAUUCGCUCGGUGCAGCGGUCGGUGCCUCUCGGGCUGCUGUCGAUAGUGGCUAUGCCGAUAACAGCUUGCAGGUCGGGCAAACAGGCAAGGUUGUGGCUCCUCAGCUUUACAUGGCAGUGGGAAUCUCUGGCGCGAUCCAGCAUCUGGCGGGUAUGAAGGAUAGCAAGGUCAUCGCAGCCAUCAACAAGGAUGCAGAUGCUCCCAUCUUCCAGGUUGCAGAUGUAGGGCUCGUUGGUGAUCUUUUCGACAAGGUUCCGGAGUUGACGGAAAAGCUGAAGCAGUAAAAUGUUGUACACAAAUGAUUGUCCUUUAUAGUGCUCGAUCCACUUUAUGCUACAACUUCGAGCAUGGCCUUAGUGCUUGUGAACUUUUCACGUUCCUUACCUUUCUCCUGCCCCUUUUCUCGCUCAGCUUGGUCGAUCUUGCGCCAGCCGUGCCAGUCCACGGUAGGCUGAUUCUUGUCCACAGCCAUUUCUGUACGCACCCUGUCCCAUCCUGGCAGCGGGCUUGAGCUCGAAUCUUCUCCUGCCUGUAGGAACUUGAUACCCGAGAGCCAAUCUCGCACAAUCGAGUCGCCAGUAUCGAAAGCGUCCUGCAUGGUGGUUGCAAUGACUCCCGUGGGCCCACGCUUGACCCAGCCAGCGCAGUAAAGCCCAGGGGAAAUUUCUGACAUGAUAUCGGUCUCAAGCUCAGUCGACGUUCUUCGAAGAACACGUCCUUGCCCAUCGUUCAUGAUGACGCCGCGCCGCUCAUCAAACAGCACACCUGCCUCUUGAAAACCCAGGAGCGGUGCUGAUUUGUACCCGAUGGAGCGAAAGACAAGGGAUGACGGUAAAAUGACCUUUUCGCCCUUCAGCUGCGCCUGGGCGUUUGGAUCGAACUUGGAGGUGAGCUCUGUGCGUUCGAGCACUGUGCUGCCGACAAAGUGAGGCGAGACAUCGCUGGCUACAAACUCGGUCGGUGAAAGGCAAAAGUCCAAAGACCAUGACCUGGGCGCGGUCGACACUUGUGCCUGUGACCCCUUGGCCACCAGUUCUAUCAGACGUUUCGCAGCCCUGGGAAGCGAUUUGAG